UCUGGAUUGGCCCUUAUGUCUUCACUCCCUCCACUGAGUUCCGCGUUGCAAAGCAUUUUAGUUCUGCAACAUUUCCUGCAACUUCUACUCUCAGGCUUCAGAGGACCAUCUGCCACCAUGUCUGAACGAGGAGCCUUCGACACCGACGUGGUCACCAUGACCCGGUUCGUUAUGGAGGAGGGCAAGAAGGCGAAAGGCACCGGAGAGCUGACAACGCUGCUGAACUCGCUGUGCACGGCGGUGAAGGCAAUUUCCUGCGCUGUGCGCAAAGCUGGGAUCGCCCAUCUUUAUGGUAUUGCUGGCAGCACCAAUGUGACCGGUGAUCAGGUGAAGAAGCUGGACAUUCUCUCCAAUGAUCUGAUCAUCAACAUGAUCAAGUCAUCUUUUACCUCCUGUGUGCUGGUGUCUGAAGAGAAUGAAAAGGCCAUCAUUAUAGAGCCAGAAAGACGGGGCAAAUACAUUGUGUGCUUUGAUCCUUUGGAUGGCUCCUCCAACAUCGACUGUCUCGUCUCCAUUGGAACAAUCUUUGCCAUCUACAAAAAGACCACAGAUCACGAGCCCUGUGAGAAGGACGCCCUGCAGCCUGGCAGGACCCUUGUGGCGGCAGGCUACGCCCUCUACGGCAGCGCCACCAUGAUGGUGAUCUCCACUGGCCAGGGAGUCAACUGCUUCAUGCUCGACCCAGCGAUUGGCGAAUUUAUCCUGGUUGAUCGGGAUGUGAAGAUCAAGAAGCGAGGCAAGAUUUACAGCUUGAAUGAAGGUUAUGCAAAACACUUUGAACCCGCCGUCACAGAGUACCUGCAGAAGAAGAAGUUCCCUCAGGAUGGCACUGAGCCCUACGGUGCCCGUUACAUUGGCUCCAUGGUGGCAGACGUCCACCGAACGUUGAUGUAUGGAGGCAUCUUUUUAUAUCCAGGAAAUGUAAAGAGCCCCAAAGGAAAGCUGCGGCUGCUGUAUGAAGGCAACCCCAUGGCCUUCAUCAUGGAACAGGCGGGCGGCAUGGCCUCCACCGGUUACGAGACCAUCCUGGACAUCCAGCCUGAGAGCAUCCAUCAGCGGGCUCCCGUGGCUAUGGGUUCCCCAGAGGACGUGCUGGAGUACGUCGCCAUCUGCCAAAAAUAUGCCAAGAAGUGAGACCGCAGCCAUCAGUCUCCGCCGAAAACCUCAUAUCUCCAAACUGUCCACUUUUACAGGACUGAGGAAGUCGGCCUCUUUUUGAGCUUGAUGUAAAUCAGGGGUUUUCAAAGUCUGGGACUACGAGCCUCCCGUCAGAUAAAGCUUGUAAAUCAGCGCCCCCCAACCACAUCUUUAGUUUACUUGGUACAUUUCGUCAAUUCCUGGAUGCCUAUGGGAUCAUGAUUAUAUUAUUUGAUCCCAUAAACACUCAACAUUUGAGCCAAAAUAGCCUAAUAUUGCCAUUUGACAUAACUUCUGACUACACCAAAUAGUUUUAAAAAAGGUCUGUCCAAAGGCAUUUAUUAGUUUCUGACUGAUGGGUGGGAAAACGGUUCCCAAAAACUACUGUGUCUCUGAACUCUCAUGCAUGUAGGCUAUUCUAUGUGAUCUCCUUUUGAUAACGAAUGCAAUAAGUAAUGCCAUAUCGUUUUACUUCCAUUCACUGAGCCUCCCCUGAAACUGCGUGGAGCCCCCCAGGGAGGCCCGCCUUGCACUUUGAAAAACCCUGAUGUAAAUGUAUUUUUGAUAAUGUCAUGAAAUGGUUUCUUAAGCCCCAAAAUGUCAGGGGAUUUUCUCAGUUAAAAUACAAAAACAACCAAAUUUGGUAUUACAAGGUUUUGAUGUCAUUCCAGCAAUAUUCAUACUGUAUUUGUAGAAAGCUGACAGAUAAUGGAAAGAAGGUGGUUCAGUGGAAACAUGAAAACUGCAGCUCAUAAGCUCAAUAACGCACACAACACAUUCCACAAAAAAUCUACCAAAUGUGCUCCCAAAAAAGAAGUACUUGAGUAAACAACCUGGAGACUUUUACUCCUCACUUUACCUCCACUCGUGCCUUUUUCAAUAAGAAUGAAUAAACAUUCUAGAUAUGUGAAGUACCAAAUAAUAAAACUUUUUUUUGUUUUUAUUAUGUGAACAACUGCUGCUUGGAUUGAUGAAGUCUGUCAAUAAAUCCACGUGAUUCUAAGAAGACAAAA